UUAAGUGCUUAAACUGAGGUUUUAAAUCCUAAAAAUUAGGAAUCUCAAGAAAAUGAUGAGGCUCGUCAUAUUAAUGACAAUACCUUAUUGUAUUCACUUCUCAGUGAGCAGUGGAUCAGAACUUUCAGUCAUACAAUAUCCUCAGGACAUCAACGUCUCUCUUGAUUCAACAGUUUUGAUAUUGUGUGAAUUUGACUACCCAGCUAAAACUACAGUUGACACAGAGGUUUAUUGGAGAAAAGGCCCAGACUGCAAUCAGCCAGGCCUCAAACCAAGCCCAGGCAUCUCUCAUUUUCAAAAAUCACAGGUGCAAAUUACAAAGGAAACAACCAAAAGGUUUUCAAUCUUAAAACUGAACAAUGUUCAGCUGGAUGAUAGUAACAUGUAUUUCUGUGAUGUGACACUAACUGAUCCACCACCACCACAGAAUAAAUGUGGAAAAGGCACCAAGCUGACAGUACAUGGGCCUACAUGUCAUGAUAGCAGAUCGGAUAAAAAUAUUUGGAUGUGGCUGCUUCUUCUUGGAUACAGCAUUAGUGCCACCAUGAUUAUAAUAGGUUUCCUUAUUCAUCAGUGCUGUAAAAAGUUCAGGAUCAACUCAAGAACCACAGACGGCAGCACUACAUUGCCAAGUGAAUGGACUUAUGACAAACCAGCCAGAACUGUUAAUAAUGGAUUUAAUCAAGAAUAUGAAGAUAUGACACUAAUAAGGUCUUUUACUCAUAAUGGACACACGAUGAAAUGAAAAAGAAAUGUAUAUACAGUAGUCAUAACAUUAGCCUGUAUAGUGAUGAAUACUUUAUUCUACCCAGUAGAAAAGUGGUUAAGUUAGAAUUGCCAAGUGUUCAAGUGACUCUUCUAUCAACACAUUAAUAAAAAAACAAAGGAAUGACUAUGUUGAAUAACAUGAACAUACAUGCUGGCCUCACUUUAUCUCUGUUACAAGUGACAACUGUCUAUUGGAAUGCCUCCUGAUUUCCUUUCCUUUCCUUGAUAAAGCCAACAACAGAAUGAUGAUCCAAUUCCUCAUAUGCAAAAAAGUCCAGGCUAAAUUCUGAUUUUGGUUAGAUUCAGACAUCCACACGCAUUUUGGUUAUUUGUGCGUUAUGAUGACAGAGGGAAGACUGAGUUGUAAUUGAGAGGAAUUCUUUACACCUAACCCUAACACAUUACUUCGCUCCUGGUUGUCUUUCUAAUCUCUCCCAGUCUCUGAAACCUGCAAUCUCCCUUUACAGAUUUCCCAACAAAAUGAAAAAGUAGCUUAUAAAAAUAAUAAUUUCAGAGGGAAAAACACUGUUCCUAUUUAACAACUACUGGAAACAUACUGAUGUGCAGACAAUAUAUAUGAAAAAACACACGGUCUUAUUACUUUGUCUCACUUUUGUCUCAUCUUCCAAGUUCCUUCAUAUCUAUUCGUGUGCUGUUUCUAAAAUUUAAGUGUAAACUCUUUAAGCAGAGACAAUGGCUUUAGAAAAAAAGUGCCAGCAGACUUUUGGAGUCUAUGUUAAAAUAAUCAAGUGAGGUGACAUGGGAAGAGCUUACCUUAAUUUGCAUGGUAAUGAAGUACUCCUUGAGGUAGCUUCACAAUGGAAUGGGUAAUGGUCACUUAUGCAAGACUUGGAGCAAACUAAUAUUACUUAAGUUGCCAGGAAAGGAAGAGGUUUUUACAUAAAUUGAUAUCCAAAACUGUUGACGUUGUUCUCUAGAGCACUUCCUUUUUAAUAAACUCUCAAGGCCCUGUGAUCUCUGUUCAGGGUGAAAAAUUAAAUAAUUCCUUACCAAGCUACCUAUCCUAUGAUUUUGCAAUAUUCUGUAACAUUAAGUUUAAUGCUAUCUUAGCAACGCUUCCUGUGGUACUUUUCUAGGAAGUUACAUGUUUAUCUGGAAAUGAUAGUAUCAUAGAUACCAUCAUAGGUUGUAAGGAAUAUCUGGGGGUCAUAUAGUCCAACCUCCUGCUCAAAGUAGGACCAUCCCCAAUUAUAUUAUCCCCUUUCUCUAUGUGUAAAGUUGCUAUUAAAAAAC